AUGUACAGAACUACCCUUAGACAAGCUAGAACCAUUGGCAGAAGAUUCCAAUCAACAAACCCAAACUUAGACAAGCCAGCAUUUGUUGCGGAUCCUGCAAAGGCUGCUGAAUUCAAGAAACACCUUGAAGCUGUCGAGCACCACGCAUCUGGCUCUUCUUCCAACUGGAAGAAGGUCUCCUUGUUCCUUGCUGCUCCAAUCAUUGCAGCAACUGCCAUCAACACCUACUUUGUUGAAGCCGAACACGCUCACCACAGAGAACACAACAAGCAUUUGUCCGAUGAAGAAUGGCCUGUCAAGCCAUAUCCUUACUUGAACGUUAGAAGAGUCGAUUUUUUCUGGGGUGACGGUGACAAGACUCUCUUCUGGAACUCUGACUGUAACAGACACAUCAAAUAA